GCAUCAGUUUUACUCACCACACUGGAGACUAUGUUUGUGUUUUUCAUUGUGACCGUAGGACUAUAUGAGUUUGGUCUUGCCCCUAUGACAACUGGAUACCCACACACUGUUACACGUGUCGGCGACGAUGUUAACAUAACCAUGAACCCAGCGAUUGUCAGCUUCCCAUAUACCGUAUGGGUGAAUGGUUCGGUAGCUGUGAGACUGUUAGUGGUCAUUCCUACGUUACACAGUGUAGUGGUACUCAACACCAGUCACACCGGUUACACGACCAGGAUGAGAUACACCGGGGAGGACUCACUAUCGCAAACAGGACAGCUGAGGUUUACCAUCGACAAUGUUACUGUACAGGACGCUGGUACUUACUACUGUCAAGGGCAGAAUAGACAGACAGUUACUGGAUGUAGACAGGUCCUCGUUGUACCACAGGAGCCAACCACACCUACCAUCACCGUACCUGCCUCACCUGUAUCAGGUGAGAAUGUCACCCUGACAUGCUCCUCCUCGUCCCAGAGUCUACCCCCGGACCAUCCUCCACUGACCAUGACCUACAUCUGGAGGAGGAACAGGACCCGGGUAGAAUCUGGUGAUGAAUCUCCUACAGGUGGAGAUGGCCUGACAAUAACCCACAUCAGCAGAGAGAACCAGGGAGACAUCUACAGCUGCCAGACUGUGGAGGAGGGGCUGAAGUCUAACUGGAGUCACGGACAUGUGCUGGAUGUUCUCUAUGGGCCUGACCAGAUACAGUUUGACGACACAAGUGACAAGCUGGAGGUAGAAGAAGGGGGACCUGCUGCUGUGAGAUGUUCUGCUGACUGUAACCCUGCCUGUACUGUAACCUGGUGGAACAUCUCCAGACAGAUUACAGGACAGAGGGAGGCUGUGUUGUCUAUACCAGCUGUAGAUGUAUCUGUGUCUGGACUGUACACGUGUCACGUCAACAACAACCAUGGGAGUGCAUCACGGAACCUGACGCUGGGCAUACAAUUUCCAGAUGACGGACCCCAAGUAUCCCUCGUCAUGUAUGCAGCGCCCUCUGCUCUCCUGGUCCUGGCUGUGUCUCUCCUUGUCUGUGUGAUACGUAGAUGCCGAAGACGGAGAGAACUUCGGAAAUUAAGGUAUGCUGCCUACCUGACCGUACUGAACAACAGAGUGUCGUUUGUCAGCAGUGAGUCCCCCUACGCUACAGUCCAUGACGAGGGUGUCAGCUUGUCCCACUCCGGCAUGAGGCAUGCCACCUACCUUCCCCGGAGUGGCCAACAGAGAAUCUGCCACCACCGAACGCCACUAUGA